AUGGACAAAUUGGAGGACGAAAAAUUUGCUCAGUCUAACAAAAUAGAAGAAACAAGUGUAAGUUUGAAAGAAAGCCGUCAGAAUUCUUCGGUAACAUUGCAAAGCCAGAAUGAGGACGAGAAACGGGAGCUCACUGAUCAGGGUAAUGUGUUGGAGGAGAAGACGAUACUGGAAAUAGCUGCUAAAUUUGAAGCGGAAGAGGAACUUCAGCCGGAGCACCCGGACAAAAACAAUAUAUUAUCUACAUUUGGUGAAAAACUGGAUCAGUCGAAUGAAGAAGCUGCUUCUCCAAAUCCAGUGACAAAAGUUACAGCAUCCGUGGCUCCUUUGAAACAGGCUUCUGAAUCGCCUGUUUCAUUUGAAUCCGAAAAGUUUGGGAAAGACGACCGAAUGAAUAAACAAGCAGCUUCGGAUAUCUUCACGUUGAGUGCGGGUGAAGCACGUAGCCGAUUGGUGAAUCGCAAGAAAGAUCCACGACGGGACGUGCAAAUGAGUCUACAGGAGAAGUACCAGCUUGUUUCAAAUAUGUGA